AUGGUUGGUAAAACGGAUUAUUUAUUCUUCGCCGCGUGGCUGACCAACAACAGUUAUAUUGUGGUGCAAGGACAAUUUACAUUUAAUGAAAAUAAUUACAACAAGAAAUGGAACGACGAAACUGAAAUAUGGUUUGGUCAAUCAACAGCUCUUACAGGACAAACGAAAGAACUGGGAUAUCCAAUGAUGACAGGCGUACAGGCUGCUUUCAAAGAAAUUAAUGAUCUAGGAGGUGUUUGGGGAGGAAAGAAACUGAGGCUCUUUACAUUGGAUGACGGUUAUGAUCCACCAAGGACGUUAAAUAAUACGAUAGAUCUUAUUAACAAUAAUACAAUUUUUGGAUUAAUAGGUUAUAUGGUAAGACGUAUUGCAAUCUUUUAUCAAAAUGAUGCUUUUGGAUUGAGUGGAGUGAGCGGUUCAUCAUUGGGAUUACAAGCAUUAGGACUUUCUUUUGUAUCAAUGGGAUCUUAUGAAAGAAACACCAUUGAAGUCUCUAAGGCUGUCAAUGACAUUCAAAAAGGAAACCCACAAGCGAUCAUUUGCAUGUCCACCUAUUUACCUACUGUUACCUUUGUCAACGCCGUUAAAAAUCGAACCGACUUUGAUCCAAAUAUUGUUUUCAUGACAGGUAGUUUUAUUGGCUCCAAUCAAUUGCCUUAUCGAGAUAGUUUUAUGAUUACACAGAUUCUUCCACCACCAACCAACACCAAAUAUGCAUCAGUGUUGGCGUAUCAGAGAGCUAAAAAAGCAAUUGAUCCAAAUUUUACUCCAUCCUAUGUGGAAUUUGAAGGUUAUAUGGCUGGAAAACUUGCAUACAAUAUUUUGACACAGAGAGUUUCUGGCGAUCUGACACGAUCAAACUUUAUUAGUCUAUUGUAUUCUUCAGGAACUUAUAUUAUUGACAAUACUGUGGUUGGGCCUUACACACAAUGUGCAGGUUCUUCAUCUGCCAGAAAAGUCCAUGUACUGGAAACCGAUCCAUUCGGUCAACAAUUACUCGUUCCUGAAUCUGUGACAAAACCAAAAUUUUCUCCAAGAGUUUCAUUCACACCAUUAACACCAAGAGAAGUUGUUGGUUUUACACCUUUAUGUUCUUGCAAUCAAGGUUUGAGAACGGUCUACAAGACGUAUCAAAAGGAAGAUAAAUCAUUUGUGGAAAUCAGUGCUCCGACCGUGUGGGACAGUAGUGGCUCUACGAAUUAUACAUGUCUUUACGAUCCAUCCAACGUUCACGAGCCUAUUGUUUUUGGACAUGUCAAUAUUGGAUCUCAACAUGACAUUGACUUUCUGGUUGGAGCUAUGGCAGCAGUUCAGGAAAAAAACAAUCAAAAAGGAAUAAGAGGAAGAGUCGUGCAAUUAUUGUCUGUCACUCAAACGAAUGUAACUGCGACAUCUAUUAUCAACACUGUGAAAAAUCUUAUCAAAGAUCACAACGUAUUGGGAGUGAUUGGAUCUUACAUUCCCUUAUCGGAAAUUACACAAUUUAUUAUUGGAAUGAGACAAACUCUGCCAGAUGCCUUUAUGUUAGCUCCAUACUCAUCCUAUGAUCAAUGA